AUGUGGAUUGCGACUGUCGGCUUGACACUUCGCAGUACCUCUGCAGUUAGGUCUCUUGAUUCACUCGAGCUCCCGACAGAUCUUCUGUUUUCAAACCUCGAAGAAGACAAUGCGGAGGAAGAUAACGCUUGCGUUCACGCGAAAGAGAUCCACGAGGCUCCUAGCUCUGGUCAACCAGGAUAG